UGGAAAUGUUUUUUUAAGAUGAUGUCAUUAACUCAGUUGGAGCCUAUUUCUGCUUAUGUUUAUGAGAGUUUUAAUGGUGAUGUGACAUGAUCCUCACUCCACUGUUUUGAAGUUGUAGCAUAGGCCUUCUGAUGCCUAUUUCUUCAUUUUGCAGUGCACUCUAUCCUUAUAGUUGACUUUGGGCCCACAGGUCAAUGAAACAGGGUUCAGAAAGUCUUUACUUAAUGUAUUACUCAAUGCCUAUUCUGAUUUGUUAUGCUGUUGAUGAUGUAGCCUACAGAUACUUCUCUUUGUCAUUGCAUGUUUGAGGCUGACUCACUGAUGAGCACAUCUGGAGCAGUAGGCCUACAGUCAGCAGACAUGGGAAUGCAGUCCAAUCUGUGCUUUGUGAAUGAUCAAACUAUGGUGUUUGGGAAAUGUGAAAUGGCUGAAGUGGAUGUUAAGGACAGGACAAUGGGCAAUGUCGUCGCUGUUAAAGGAGGAGUUGCAGAAGCGUUUGUUCUUUCCAGAGGGACAGACGUUGAAAGACUUUAUAGAGAUCGAGGAACCAGUGCAGUGCAGGCAUUUCCUCUGUGUUUCAGUGUUGAAGAACAAGGAGGUCCAGCUGUCUGUGGUACAAUGCCAGAAACAUCAGUCGUGUAACUCUAAAAGAUUGAGACGGUCUCAUUUCGUGGACUUCUACAAGAAAAUUGAGGUGUGGCCUUUACAGGAUCUUGUACUGCUUGAUGGAAGGAAUCCGGACAUAGAUGACCCAUGCUUUCUUAUGCAUUUCACUUCCAUUCGUUUUGUCAGGGCAGUCAGCUGUGCUGCAAAGUACUCCUUUGCACGCUCUCUGGUUGCCCUAAGCAGCUCACAUGACCUGUCCCCACUCACCUUGAAGAACUUUGACCAGAACUACAUCCAACCGGCCUUUGUCUGCUCUGACCAGGGAGACUGCACAGUGCUUAUGAAAGUCUGCUUUUAUGCUGCCAACCUCGUGUGGCUCUCCCUGUGCCCUGCUCCUUAAUGUUUCCACUGCACCAUUGUUGAAACAGUGUCACAAAUCUGGAGCAGAAUUUGCUUUAUACAGGGUUCCUCUUUAUCCUUGACUUGGACACUGGACUUGGACAUUGCUGUAUUUUUACACUGUAAGAGUGUAUUUUUUAUCAAAACAGUACGGUACAUUGUUUGUAUGAACUUUGUUAAGUUACAAAAAAAAGCAGAAAAUGUGUGUGAUGUAAUAGGCCAUUGCACAGUCAAUAAUGAAAACUGCCAUAGAACAUUGUUCAUGUUCAACCUGAUAAUCCUGCCACAAGCUCUGUUAAGGCUUUGUGUAACUGCUUACAACUGUGGUCCUACAAAGUUAUAUGUAUGUCUGUAUAUGCAUGUAUGUAUGUGUGUAUGAAUUUAUAUAAGUUGAUGUAGCCUAUGUGCUGUAACUAAGAGGCUUAC